AAAAUCUUUAAACUUCAAGCAAAUCUCAGAGGAUUUAAUAUACUCGAACACGAAGGCCACAAGCCUUGUUAGAACGCUACUAUAGAUCUCCAGGUGUGUUGUCCUUCAUAUUGUGUUCUCAAAAGGCAGAAAAUGGCGACAUCGUUGACGUCGGUUGUUAUAGCACUUUUGGUGAUCAUCGGCCAACUGAUUACAGUCAAGUCAUCAGGAUCGACGAUCAUAACCACCCUCAACGGAUGGUCAGCAAUGGAAGGUUCCAAUUUUACGCUCGCUUGUAAGGUUAGCCUCACAAACAACGUCAUCGCCGCUGACACCAUAUGCCGAACUAGGAUCCGAUUCACGAGAAACUCUACGGGGAUAGCCGAAGACACGCGGCACAUCCGUUCGGGUGCUACUCGGGAUAGCGUGACCAACCGUAUUAACUGUACAAUGACGAUAUUUCGGUUACGUUCGGAGGACUCCGGAUUGUACGGAUGCUGCUGGCCGGAUGUCGAAGGAAAUUGUUCACGUCAUCCAACCAGAAUGCUUCGCGUAAUACCAGCUACAACAACUUCCGCACCGACGACCCCUAGCAUUACGAGUACCGAGCCGUCGACUUCGCCACCGAACACACAACCGGGUAGUCGAACGCCGAGUGAACACAAUGGAAUAGUCUACCACUCAGUCUCACCGAAGGAUGGAUCAACAUUACCAGGAGGAGAUAAUGAGGCGUAUAAUCAAAGAUUGAGACCUUCUUCUGUCCAUAAAGCAAUCUGGCCAAUUCUUUUCGUCAUUGCCGUUAUUGUGAUUAUUGUCCUCUUAUGGAAGCGAUACGUGAAGUCGAGGCCAUCCGACGGGCACACCAUCCCUGAAAAAGAACCCGAGAGCCCGACACAUGUGGCCGUCCUAGACCACACUGUUGCGUACGAUAUGGACGGUGUUGUUGCUACCACUACCACAACCACUACUACUGUGCUGAAUCGGACAGUCGACGAAGAGUCGCAGAGAUGAUCUCAGCUGCUUACAUAUUGGGAGUCGAAGUUUGUUGAUGGAUAUUAGACUUUUAUAAAAUCAGAGAAGUGAAAAGGACGCAAGACGCCGCCAUUCUAAAGCUUGACGUAAUAUAUACCACGUCACUAUGAUUGCUGACACGAGGAUCAAUUUGAAUGGCAUCGUUUAAAAGAUUAUUAUUAUUACAAUUGUUUUAAAAUGGCGUUGAAAAUGAACCAGGGCCAUGCUGGUCUUGUGACUUUGAAACUAGACUUUUGGAUUUAAGUGCAAAAGGAUUGUGGAAAUGGAGUAUUAUCUCAAGCUCUUCACAAGCCGAUGGACAGCAAUCGUCGUCGCGAUAUAAUCGCCGGGAGUACUUUCCACAGCAUCUCGAGCAUUAUGGAACCCGGGAGAAUUUGUUGAACAGAGGUGUCAUCCAAUGUGAGCGUGAUAAGAACUAGCGAUAGUUUAUUACGUCUGCGAGUUGCAGGGAGACUAGACGAAGCGAAAACUGAUGAAAAGAAAAUGAAGAGACUUUUAUACAGAUUGGGAUUCGCUCGUUGAAAUUUCAUGAGAAAAAUAGGCUUUUCGCCCCUGAAUUGAAAAGACAGGGAGGAGUGAGAUUGGUGACCUCACUGAGAAAGAUGAGGAAUAUUUCUAUAAAUUAUUGAUAGUGAUUAUUUUCUUCUUAACUAUUAAUUGGAUUUAAGAUGAGUUAUGCUAAGUACUACGCUACAGUCUUGUAUAAUAUUAUCAUUAACAUGUAUUGUAGUCACCUGAAAUGCACUUCGCUACAACUAACCUCGGAGAAUAACAAUGAAACGAAAUUCACAACAAUAUGUGAAACGAUUAAAGAUAUUCAUAUAAUUUGAAAGAACGAGAUAUACACUGCUAUAUAGCAGACCUUGUUUUCUUUCAUCGUUCCCUGUCGACAAUAGCCAAUAUAAUAGUGCGACAAACACAAGAAAAUCGGGAUAACUACUUUAGUCAAUAAUAGAGUCCCAAAUAACAAAAACAAUACCCAUUUUGGGGGCUAAUCAGGAGCAGAGGUAGCCCCAGUAAAUGUUCAUGCUCAGAGGGGCGGGGUAUCACGUGGGCAGGGGCGACCAGCCCUAUGGUUUUUCAAAAUAGUGAGAAAAAGAAUCGGAGAGAAAAGGGGUAGGAGAAAGAUACGAAAGAACGAAGGAGAAUAUACAAUGAGGUCUUGACCGUGUAACCCAUGACACCUAUAAUUUAGUUUGAAAACAAAAUAUGACAUCUAUGGGUCGUCUUGAAUGCCAUGUCACUGACCCUGUUUCCUGGAAAAAAGGAUUGAUUCAAGGUGCUUUUGAUUUUAGAAAAAAUUUUAUAAAUAUCAUUUAGCUACAGAUGGCGCUGCUCACUGUCAAACUACAGACCUGAAGGAUCACUGUGAACUGAAAAUACGAAUCUCCAGUUCAGAGUGAAGGAUACAC